CUGUUUCUGCCCUCACACUGACUCUGCCCUUAUUUUCUUAAUUAAUUUUUUUCUGGGGAUACCUGUUUAAGAAGACUCUUGCUGCUGUGGUCAUAGCCUCUCCUAGAACAAAUUAGUCCCAGAAAUAUCCAAGAUGGAUCUCAGUUCUUCAUUUCACCACAUACCUUUGAAUGAUGGGAACAGCAUUCCUGUCAUCGGUCUUGGUACCUACUCAGAGCCUUACCUUACACCUAAGGGGGCCUGUGAGAAAGCAGUGAAGUUUGCUCUCGACGUGGGGUACCGACACAUAGAUGGGGCUUUUGUCUACAAAAAUGAGCAUGAGGUGGGCAAGGCCAUCAGGGAGAAGAUAGCAGAAGGAAAGCUGAGGAGAGAGGACAUUUUCUACUGUGGAAAGCUGUGGGUUACACAUCUUCUCCCCAAGAUGGUGUACCCAGGACUGGAGAGAACACUCAAGACCCUCCAGCUAGAUUACGUGGAUCUUUUUAUCAUUGAAAUGCCAAUAGCUUUUAAGCCUGGAGAUGAUCCUUAUCCUAAGGAUGAGAAUGGCAAAUAUAUAUACCACAGUGUUGAUUUGUGUGCCACGUGGGAGGCUUUGGAAGCUUGCAAAGAUGCUGGUUUGGUGAAAUCCAUUGGUGUCUCCAAUUUUAACCGCAGGCAGUUGGAGCUUAUCUUGAGCAAACCAGGACUCAAAUAUAAGCCAGUCAGCAAUCAGGUAGAAUGCCAUCCAUAUUUCGCCCAACCAAAGCUCUUGAAAUUUUGCCAACAACAUGACAUUGUUAUUGUGGCAUAUAGCCCUUUGGGGACUUCUAGGAACCCACUAUGGGUGAACGUAGCUACCCCAGCUCUACUGGAGGAUUCAUUGUUAAACUCACUGGGAAAGAAGUACAAUAAGACUGCAGCUCAGAUUGUCCUGCGUUUCAAUGUUCAGAGGGGUGUGGUUGUCAUUCCAAAGAGUUUUAACCCUGAAAGGAUCCAAGAAAACUUCCAGAUCUUUGACUUUUGUAUCUCGGAAGAAGACAUGAAGGCCAUUGAAGCCCUGAAUAAAAACAUCCGCUUUGUGGAACUGCUCAUGUGGUCUGAUCAUCCUGAAUACCCUUUUCAUGAUGAAUACUGACUGCAGAGUUCCUGGAUUCAGCUGCUCUCCUUUCUACCAGUCCUGGGCCCCCGAGCUGGGCGACCCCCACACCCUAGCCUGGAAAUGAAAAAUUUUCCCAAUCCCAGAGGAAAGCUGAUGGAAACGUAUUUAACAUGGGGACCAGGUGGUGGCAGACUAAAUUGCUGGUUAAGCUCACAGACUAAAUUGCUCCAGGACCCGGGUUCAGGCCCCUGGUCCCCACCUGCAGGGGGAAAGCUUCACAAGUGGUGAAGUAGAGCUGCAGGUGUCUCUCUGUCUUUCUCCCUCUCUAUCUUUCCCCCUCCUCUCAAUUUCUCUGUCUUUAUCCAAUAUUAAAUAAAUAAAUAUUAAAAAAGAAAGAUACCUAACUUUAGCAUAGCAUAAGUGAACAUGACUUCAUUAUGUAGAGAAAACGAAUCACAACUAUUGAAAUAGUUGCUUGGAAAUAAUCACCUAGGAGGCCAGGCAGUGAUGCACCCAGUUAAGCUCACAUAGUACAAAUUGCCAGCACCUGUGCAAGGAUCCAGUUUGAGCUCCUCACUCCCACCUGUGGGGAGUGGGGGCUACUUCACAACUGGUGAAGCAGGACUACAGAUGUCUGUCUGUCUGUCUCUCUCUCUAUCUCUGCCUCCUUUCUCAGUUUCUAUCCUAUCCAAUAAAAUGGAAAAAAUGGCCA